AUGAUAGUAUUAUUCGCAUUUAGUUUAGUGUUUUUUAGUUUAGGUAACGCAGAUGAUGUUAUUACAGUUAAAGCUGUAUUAGGAGAAAACGCUGAACUACCUUGCAAUGUAACGGCUGUUAACGAAGACGACAACCUCAAUAUAUUGGCUUGGUAUAGGGAUGGAUCGUCGACCGCUUUUUAUAGCAGUCGCGACCUUCGUGGAGGUUCUGGUAAUGUAAUGUCUCCAAGUCCUCGUUACCGAUUGCUGACCUCCGAAGAGGAAGGAUUAGACACUCUGGAGAUAUUGACUAUUAUACCAUCGGAUGCAGGAAUAUAUCACUGUCAUGCUGAUUUCUCAAAGAGUCCGACUCGUAAGAGCCAUGUGUUAUUGGUUGUAAUAGAACCACCACAAAAGUUGUGGAUAAUUCACGAGAAUGGGACUCGAGUGGCCACCGCCAACGCAGGCUCUAACACAAGUAGAAAUAUUGGUCCAUACUACAUCGGAGAUACCAUAGAUUUGAUUUGUGUUGCAUUUGGAGGUAAACCCCAACCAAGUCUGUCGUGGUGGUCGGAACAGCAAUUGCUGAAAAAUACAUCAACGGUACUCUCUGAACUACGAGUGCGUAGCGAUUUACACUUCGGGCCGUUGAGUCGUGAACACCAUGGCAGAAUCUUCACAUGCUUCGCUCAGAAUAACGAUGAGACACCACCUUUAUCCAUCGAUAUUUCUAUUGAUAUGUACUUACCUCCAGAGCUGGUGUCAAUACACGUGGGUGACAAAGAUUCAGUGUUUGGUGGGCGCGCACGCGCAGGCGAAGUCCUGACAAUGGAGUGCCGUGUCUUCUUCGCCAGACCGUUGCCAACUGUCACGUGGCGAAUAAAUGAAUCGAAACUUACCACUCCUGAACAGAAUACCAUAGUAGAACCAACCCAACAGAGAUUAGUAAAUGAAAUCCGACUCAAUGUAACUCCAGAAUUUGACGAGUCCCGUAUAACAUGCUGUGUGCCUGCCUAUCGCAGGGACUCUGAAGACUAUAUAUGUGCGCUGGCGCAACAUUUAUCUGUGCAAUAUCGACCCGUUGUCAAUAUAGAAGUUAUUGGUGAGACAGUUGAAAACGACACAUUAUCUAUUGUUAAAGGCUCGAAUGUGUCUAUAAAUUGCAGUUUUGAAGCCAAUCCGGCAGUUUUUCGGAUGAUUUGGUUCCAUAAGGAUGACAUACUAAGUGAAAGCACGGACGAGGAAGUUUCUCCAACACAAAAAUUGGAUUUACUUUCUGUUAGCGAAGAUGAGAGUGGCGAAUAUGCCUGCUCCGUUACUAACGACGAAGGAUUUACUUAUAGCAAACCGGUCGUUAUAGAUGUCGUAUAUCCGCCAUACUGUGAAGAUGAAAGUGUGGUAGAAUAUGGAGUGGCUUCUGAAGAGUGUAUUAAUAUAACGUGUAAAGUUAAAGCGAACCCGCCUCCUACAGCUUACCGAUGGUUAUUGGUAAGCGAGGUGGAAAAUACCAAGCUGCAUACAAACCAGUCACAAACAUUGGAGACUGAUGACGAUACCCUUAUGUAUCAGAGGCCUAAUUGCACCACAACGCUCGUAUACUGCUGGGGCUUGAAUUCAGUGAAGAGUAGUGAUCUUCUACAAACUAAAUGCACAUUUCUGGUGACGGAUGAGACUGUUCCACAACCUCCAUCUAAUUGUGAAGCGAUUAAGGAUAUGCAAGGAGAUAUCACAGUUACUUGUAGGGCGGGUCAUGACGGAGGAUUGCCACAGAAAUUCAAAUUUAUCGUCACCGCAGCGGAUUCUGAAGAACAGCUCGUUUCAAUAAUAAAUCAAGAACCAAAGUUUAUGAUUGAAGAGCCUAAAGAAACAACAUAUAAAUUCAAUAUUAUAGCUUUUAAUGAUAAAGGUGAAAGUAAAAUAAUAGAAUUGGAUAAGGAUAGCAUAAUUGAUGAGGGGAUUGACCCGGCACUCACAAUUAGCGCAGUAACGAAUAUAACGACGCUAGCUUUGUCGUUAUGCGGGGGCGUGGCUCUCUUAGCUUUGAUCGCGUGUGGCCUGGUGCUUUGCGCUCACGACAGACAACAAAGACACGACCUGCCAAGAGAUUCACAUCCACCCCUAUGUGCUUAUACUACUGACGAAUCAAAUUGCGAGACAUGCAAUGAUAGCGACGAGGGCAGCGAAUGUAACAUACGUCGAACGGAAUCAUUCCGAAGGGCAAUCGCAAAGUAUCCUCCAAAAAACUAUGAUAUGCGAAGGACCAGCUCUUUCCACUCUGCCAGAUAUAUGAGAGAUAUGUCCGAGCCAGAACCGAAAUGUAUACAGACAAGACGUACGAAUUGCAGGGUCCAUUCCCUACAGAAUAUAAGUAGGAAGAGAGAAAUGGAUACUCUGUGUGACCAUCUUGUAAUGCAUCUACCACCUGAACCAAGCUAUAAUGUGCCUAAGCCGAUGAAUACGUUUUACACUAUGCCACGAAAAACAAGGCAUAGAUCGCAAAAAGAAGUAAGCGAUGAGGCGUCCGAGAUUACCCAAGCGUCAGAUGGUUUCUCCCUUCCUCCACCACCAGAUGAAUUCGGCACUUAUCGAGCUGCAAGUAGGAUUAAAGACAUACCCAUAAAAUCAAUUCCCACAUACACUACUAUUAUUCGGCAAAAUUCAGGGAAGAAUUUAAAUAAAUAUGGUGCUAUGUCUCCUAUGAACACUGUGGGUUUGCCGAGUAUAAGUGGCCAGCCCAGCCUAUACACAUACCCAGAUGAUGAACAGGUAAAAAAGAAUCCUUUUGAUGAUGAAUCUUAA